UCCCAGAUUAAAUUUUUCAAGUGGUUUUUUUGCCCCCACUUGGUGACAACUCUUCUAUAGCUGAGCAGUUCAAGAUUCCAUGUAGCAGGAACGGAUUCUUUUUGUGUCUGUGUUUUCUCUUAAGAGCUAUUUUAGCAAAUUUGGGCAUGGCAUGAAGGCACAUGAAGGAAGGUUGGCUGGCUUUCCAUGAAUGUGGAAGGCCUCAUUUUGGUUUGAAGCAAUAAAAACUAGAAGGGGAGGGGGCAAUUUUUGUGGCAUAUAGAUUUGGACAAAUACUGCUGAUGAAUUAAAAUCCUUCAAAUAGUUAGUAGGAGCUUGAGAGAACUGGCUGCAGAAGCAGCAGCUACUGUAGAGAAAUCAGGAAGAAUUCAUGCAAAAACAAUGCCAGCAAUCAACAUAGAUGACCUAAGUGAGAAGGAUAAAUUGAAAAUGGAAGUAGAACAACUCCGAAAAGAAGUCAAAUUGGAAAGGCAACCUGUGUCUAAGUGUUCUGAAGAAAUUAAAAAUUAUAUUGAAGAAAGAUCGGGAGAAGACCCUCUAGUUAAAGGCAUUCCUGAAGAGAGGAACCCUUUUAAAGAGAAAGGAGGGUGUGUAAUUGCAUAGAAGAAUACAGAUAAUUUUGAAACUGGGAAAAAUAAACUACCAUAGUAUACAGCUAGUUUAAUUUAAAGCUCAGGAAUCUUACUGUGCAAAUUAAGAGGUUUUUUUUUUAAAAAAAGCAAGAAAAUAAAUGAUUGUUUUGCUAUUUCCUGAAACAUAUUAUCAUAUUACCAUAUUAUUAAAUUUCUUUCAAGAGGCUGUUUUGUAUUCUUAAUUUCUUGCAUUCGCUGAUUGAAAUUAUUAUUAACCACAGUAUAAUUUUGGCAAAAAAAAAUCUUAAUGAAACAAUAUGACAACCUCCCUUCUGAAUAUAGGAUUUUAGUACAAAUGUCCUCAUGUCAAUGAAUAUAUGCAAUGAAAUUUCAUUUUACUGUAUGCCUAUUAGUGUACAUUUAAAGUGACA